CCAGUGGGAUCUGGUGUGUGACCUGGGCUGGCAGGUGAUCCUGGAGCAGAUCCUCUUCAUCUUGGGCUUUGCCUCCGGCUACCUGUUCCUGGGUUACCCCGCAGACAGGUUUGGCCGUCGUGGGAUUGUGCUGCUGACCUUGGGGCUGGUGGGCCCCUGUGGAGUGGGAGGGGCUGCUGCGGGCUCUUCUACAGGCGUCAUGGCCCUCCGAUUCCUCCUGGGCUUUCUGCUUGCUGGCGUGGACCUGGGCGUCUACCUGAUGCGCCUGGAGCUGUGCGAUCCAACCCAGAGGCUUCGGGUGGCCCUGGCAGGGGAGUUGGUGGGGGUGGGAGGGCACUUCCUGUUCCUGGGCCUGGCCCUUGUCUCUAAGGACUGGCGAUUUCUGCAGCGAAUGAUCACCGCUCCCUGCAUCCUCUUCCUGUUUUACGGUUGGCCUGGUCUGUUUCUGGAGUCCGCACGGUGGCUGAUAGUGAAGCGGCAGAUCGAGGAGGCUCAAUCUGUGCUGAGGAUCCUGGCUGAGCGAAACCGACCCCAUGGGCAGAUGCUGGGGGAGGAGGCCCAGGAGGCCCUGCAGGACCUGGAGAACACCUGCCCUCUCCCGGCAACAUCUUCCUUUUCCUUCGCUUCCCUCCUCAACUACCGCAACAUCUGGAAAAAUCUGCUUAUCCUGGGCUUCACCAAGUGACUUCAUUGCCCAUGCCAUUCGCCACUGCUACCAGCCUGUGGGAGGAGGAGGGAGCCCAUCGGACUUCUACCUGUGUUCCCUGCUGGCUAGCGGCACAGCAGCCCUAGCCUGUGUAUUCCUGGGGGUCACCGUGGACCGAUUUGGCCGCCGGGGCAUCCUUCUCCUCUCGAUGACCCUCACUGGGAUUGCUUCCCUGGUCCUGCUGGGCCUGUGGGAUUAUCUCAACGAGGCCGCCAUCACCACUUUCUCCGUCCUUGGGCUCUUCUCCUCCCAAGCUGCUGCCAUCCUCAGCACCCUCCUUGCUGCUGAGGUCAUCCCUACCACUGUCCGGGGCCGUGGCCUGGGCCUGAUCAUGGCGUUAGGGGCGCUUGGGGGGCUGAGCGGCCCAGCCCAGCGCCUCCACAUGGGCCACGGAGCCUUCCUGCAGCAUGUGGUUCUGGCAGCCUGUGCCCUCCUCUGCAUCCUCAGCAUCAUGCUUCUGCCAGAGACCAAGCGCAAGCUCCUGCCCGAGGUGCUCCGGGACGGAGAGCUGUGUCGCAGGCCUUCCCUGCUGCGGCAGCCACCGCCUAACCGCUGUGACCAUGUCCCACUGCUUGCCACCCCCAACCCUGCCCUCUGAGAGGCCUCUGAGCCCCCUGGCGAGAGGCUGGCCCAAAUAGAAAGGUGGCAUAGGGCCCUGGCGAGGAGAUCGAGAAGACUGAGUGAGGAAAGCAGGGCUGCCCAGAAGGCUCGGAGGCACCUCACGCCAGCCAUGGAGGAGAGCUCAGAGGGCUGUUCCCACCCCUGUCUCCUCCCUGCUGCUUUGUGUUCACUUCCUCGGCAAGAGUCAGGGGACAGGGAGAGAGCGCCACACUGUAAUCGCUGGGUCUGGGCUCCAUUCUGUGCCCAAAGACAUCCUCCCAGACCUCAUUCUUUCUUGCUCUAUCAUUCUGUUUCAAUAAAGACAUUUUGAAUAAAUGAGCAUAUCAUA